UAUACACAUGCAGACCACACAUUGAAACAUGCAGACCAGACCGCCUCCAGACAUCAAGAUUGGAUUACCUCAACACCUGCAGACCAGACCACCUUCAGACAUGCAGGCCGCACCACCUUGAGACAUGCAAAUGUCACAAAAGAAAAAUGUGCUUCUGGUGUAGACACAAAGCUACCUCACACAAAAGACUGCACCACCUCGAGACAUGCAGGCCGGACCGCCUCUACACAUGCAGACCACACAUUCAGACGUGCAGACCAGACCGCCUCCAGACAUCAAGGCCGGACAAACCUAUCCGACACAAAAGACAUGCAGACUGGACCACCUCGAGACAUGCAAGCCGACCACCUACACACAUGCAGACCACACAUUGAAACAUGCAGGCCAGACCGUCUCCAGACAUCAUGGCCAAACAAAAUUACCAGACACAAAAGGUACAUGAUCCGUAGUGAGGAUGAACCAGGGCCACUAGCCUCCACCAGCGUCUUCAACUUCAUCAAGAACGUCGGAGCACGCUCCCCAGCACCGGGGGGUGGCUCUGUGUCUGCAUGUGUGGCAGCUAUGGGAGCAGCGCUCGGCGCCAUGGUCGCCUUCAUGACGUACGAGAAGCGACAGUUUGAGCAGCUGGACGGGAAGAUGCGUCAGCUGAUCCCGCCCCUCUACGCCACCAUGAACGAGCUCAUCCCCUUCAUCGACAAGGACACCACGGCCUUCAACGACUACAUGGCGGCCUGUAAACUUCCUAAGGGGACACCUGAGGAACAAGCAGUUCGUGACCAGGCCAUGCAGGAGGAUCUAAAGAAGGCUAUCCAAGUCCCGCUGGCCGUCAUGCAGACAGCAAACAGGGUGUGGGGCCAGCUACAGGAACUUCACUACCAUGUCUGAUCUACAGGUUGGAGCCCGUAGUCUGGAAACAGGCGUGUGGGGAGCCUAUCACAAUGUGAUGAUCAACCUCAGAGACAUCAAGGAUGAACAGUACAAGCAGAAGAUCACAGCAGAAGCUCAAGCUGAAGUGCAGAAAGCCCAGGAGGGAAAAGAAGCUGUACUGAAAAUCAUCUCGGAGAGGAAGGAGUGAUAAAAUGCUUACCAUUCUCAGCUUUCUGUCCUUUUUAACCCAUGACAUUGACUUUGUGCUUUCGUUUUGUUUGCCGCUGACGGAGACAUCCCAAUGGCUUGCAUCAAUCAAAUGGCUUUUUUUAUGCUGACAGUUGUUUCUGCUAGGUUUUCAUACUUCAUACACAGUUGAAUUUUUGCUGUUGGGACGAUGCUUUACAACUUAAGAAACAAUAGCUAUCACAGCUCUAAGUUGGUAAUAAUGAUGGCAUGCAAGAGUGCUCUGAAUUCUGAUUGCCCACCAAUAGAGCAGUGCUGUGUGCUGAUUGGUCAUCCAGCAUGCAAAUUAAAACAUUGUGGACCAAUCACAAAUUGUCAUAUGUUUGAAGUGGUGACAUAGAAGCUAUGACCAUAUUGUUGCAAAAACACAUGUAGAAAUUUGCAACAAGGUCAUUGUUGCCAGGUAAUUUCACAGUGUUACACAAACUUACAGCACCUUUAGCACUACAAAUAUUGCUGCAAUGAUUUGAUUAGAUAGCAACUUAGUAUAAUCAAUUGUCCUUUUUAGAGUGUAGUAUGGUACUAUUAUUGUUGGUUUUUUGUUGUUGCUGUGUGAGAACAUCUUCAGGACUGACAAUUGCUGCUUUGUUUUUGAAGACAUUUAAGUACUACUAAUAAUGGAAUAUGGUACUACUAUAACAAUUAUGACAUGGUACUACUAUAAUUCUAUUCUUCGAAAGAUAGUGUGUGUGUCAGAGAAUAAAGCUAUUUUCGUAGACUGAC